CUGCCUCUGUGUGCCCAGAGGAGAGGAGAGGAGCGGCCGCCAUGUUAACCAAGAAGCCCGGAGCCUCGGUCCUUCCGACGGGCAAAGUGGGCGAGCCGGUCUACUCUCCUGGUCACAGCGGCUCUCAGACGACGUCGCCCGCCGCCCUGCCGCCGCUGCGGAACAACAACCACCACCCACUGACGGGAAGCUCUAAAACCACCAUGUCAGACUCGGUCCAGUCACAUGUGCACAUCACGCAGUUGUACGAGGAGAACACGAACAAGCGGCCCGUGCUGACCUCGCAGCCCAACGGCCUGGCUCCGCUCAGCUCCUCGCGGCCGGGCCCGCCACUGUCCGACCGGCCGUCCUCAGGCUCAGACCCCGCCCACCACUGCCGCCAGGGUAGCGCUGCCUCCAACAAGUCGGCGGACAGCAAGCCAAAGCCCACCCCCAUGUCUCCGGAGCAGGCCAUGAAGCAGUUCAUGUCCAAAAUGUCCACGUAUGAACAUCACGAGGUUUUCAGUUACCUUGAAGUAUAUUUUGUUGGUCCCAAUGCUAAGAAGAGGACAGGGGUGAUGGGCGGAGCCAACAACGGGGGAUAUGACGACGAUCAAGGGUCGUACAUCCACGUCCCACAUGACCACAUCUCCUACCGCUUCGAGGCCCUAAAGGUCAUCGGCAAAGGAAGCUUUGGACAAGUCGUGAAGGCCUUCGACCACAAGACGCAGACCCACGUGGCCCUGAAGAUGGUGCGCAACGAGAAGCGCUUCCACCGGCAGGUGGCAGAGGAGAUCCGCAUCCUGGAGCACCUGAAGAAGCAGGACAAGGACUCGAGCAUGAACGUCAUCCACAUGCUGGAAAACUUCACCUUCCGGAACCACAUCUGCAUGACCUUCGAGCUGCUCAGCAUGAACCUGUACGAGCUCAUCAAGAAGAACAAGUACCAGGGCUUCAGCCUUCCGCUGGUUAGGAAGUUUGCCCACUCCAUCCUGCAGUGCCUGGACUCGCUGCACAAGAGCCGCAUCAUUCACUGCGACCUCAAGCCCGAGAACAUUUUACUGAAGCAGCAGGGACGCAGUGGCAUCAAGGUCAUCGACUUUGGUUCUAGUUGUUAUGAACAUCAAAGAGUUUACACCUACAUCCAGUCCAGGUUCUAUCGAGCUCCAGAGGUCAUUCUAGGUUCCAGGUAUGGGAUGCCCAUCGACAUGUGGUCCCUGGGCUGCAUUCUGGCUGAGCUGCUGACUGGUUACCCGUUGUUACCAGGUGAGGAUGAAUCUGACCAGAUGGCCUGCAUCGUCGAACUGUUGGGCAUGCCCAGCCAGAAGCUCCUCGACUCCUCCAAACGAGCCAAGAACUUUGUGUCAUCCAAAGGCUACCCACGGUACUGCACUGUCACCACGCUGCCUGACGGCACCACUGUGCUGAACGGCGGACGGUCGCGGCGGGGGAAAGUGCGCGGCCCGCCAGGCAGCAAAAACUUGAAUGCAGCCCUGAAAGGUUGCGAUGACCCACUGUUCCUUGACUUCCUCAAACAGUGUCUGGAGUGGGACCCGGCGAUCAGGAUGACGCCCAGUCAAGCUCUGCGCCACGCAUGGCUAAGGAGGCGGCUUCCGAAGCCGCCAGCAGGAACCACCACAGGGGACAAGAGCUCGUCAUCCAAACGGGCCACAAGCAACUCCGAAGGUGCCAACACCUCCAUCCCCAAACUAGCCACCACCUCCUCAACCACCAUAUCAUCCACCUCCAAAACCAGGACUAACUUAGCCACAAUUACUGACGCCAAUGGAAACAUCCAGCCUAGAACAGUUCUGCCCAAACUGGUCAGCUGAGAUUGAAUGCACCCCACUCGCUGUGGUGAGCAACCAGACUGACCUGAAAACAGCUGGUUCAUCCAUUUCUGAGGAGUGCUUGUUUUUUUUCGCAGUGAUUUUUCACAGCGUUGUUGGGGUGCAUUCAAAACUAACACAAUCGUAGGAGCUUUGCACUGGGAUGCUAACGUGUGCAGAAAGGCAAGACUUGGACGUAAGUGGAGCAUGAGGAAACCUGAUUGAUCAACCGGGGUGCGUUGUCAGUCUCAACAAAUAUUUAACACACUACACUUCUCUGUAGCUCCAAACACAAAUACAACACACUCUGAUAAACAUGGUGCUGAAGGAGGGAACAAGGCUUUUUUGUUUUCUUUUAGCAUAAAUCCAUUUAGUUGAACUUAAGCCUGGUCUCAACUCGCUAUGUAGCGUGUCCAGCUUGAGGAUAGCCUUUGCAUCGCGUUAGAGGGCUCCAAAGGUUCUUGUGGGGCUACACAAGUCUGAGAGAAACUGGACGAGUUUUGCCUUAACGCGACCACAGAGGGAAAAAAAUGCAACUCUCAAAUAUAGCGAGUGCUUACAGGGCGCCGUUUGAUACUUGGGUCAAAGAAGUAGGUCAAACUGCAGUUUUCUCAAACACUGAACGGAUUUCUGGACUCAGUUUUCAAAAAUAAAAUGGUUUCCUUAUUUUCUUCAGGUUUGAAGGACCGUUCUCGAGCGUACAUGUAGGCAUCUGGACCUGCUUGAGUUUAGAUGUUUCACCUCUCAUCCAAAUGGGUCAGGGUUCUCAGGACCAAAGAGGCCACAUCUGGUGAGAGGUGAAGGGUUAAGUCCAGUUGCCUGGAUCUACACUCCGGAAGAUACAUUGACCUGGAUGACUGGGAAUCUUCACAGACAGAUUGGAUUCACCUAGACAUGAAAAAAACCCUCAAACCUUUCAAUAAAAUAAGGUUACAGUUGAUAAUAACAGGGGAUAGUUAUCUUUCUGAAUGCAUGUUAUCCUCGGUUGACACUGCGGCAGCACGUCUGUUCUGACCACUCUGAAGGUUAAUCAGCGAUAAAACCUUCAGUUAAUCAUCUGCAAAGACUUGUUUGUGCUUGUGUGAGGCGUCGCCAGGGAAGAAAAGAGAAGAAGGCAGUGUUGCAACAUAAACGACGUAAAACACCAAAGAAGGUCCAUGAAGUAAACUGACAAAUAAUUCAAAAUACACCCUUAAAAUAAGGGCAUUCAAAUUAAGUAAGGUAUAAAGCUCAUUUACAGUGUGAUUCAGUGGUUAGUGAAGGAGGCAGUGAUGCUAAAUGCUAAAUGCUAACUGCAAUUUUAACGACAACAACUGGUGCCAUAUUGGAACCAGGUUUCAGUGCCCAGCCAUGUUUUUUUUAAUACUGAGGCUACAAAACGAGUAGCAUGCUAAAGCUACUCACUCUAGUGCGCCUGGUUAACUUACGCACCUGAUCUACCUGUUAGCAGCUAACUCUCUUAGCUAGCCUUGUGCCUGUCAGAUUAGCUAACUAACUGUUUACCGACAGUGGUCGUCGUUAGGCAGCUACUGGUUUGUGUUUAGCCGUCACACUGUUAGCCUAGCAAACUUUGACUCGGUCGGCUAGCAACAGCUGGCUCAAUAUUUGCCUUCUUUUGGCAGUCUGGGUAGCUAGCCUUAGCCUCUUUUUAGCCAUAGCCUGUUAGCUCUCCACUGCCCAGCCUUACAAAGCACAGACAGAAUGAUGAAAUCUUUUUUUAACUCCUCAUAUUAAUAUGUUUGUGUUUUUAAAAAGUGUUGUGAAGGUUAGCAGAGUGAGUCAGGAGGUGAAAGAGAAGGGAAACAGGUUAACCAGCAGCAUUUUCACUCAAUCAACCACAUCUGACACAAAAUGGCUGCUGAAAAAGAAGAGGAAAGUCGACAAAAGGAGGUUUAAUGGAAGUAAAAAAAUAUAUAAAUCAAAGGGCUUUUAUAAUUUAAAAGAAAAUAAAAAAGUUUUAGAAACCAAAGUCUUGUUUAUAUGAAUGAGAGACAGACAACGAACAGUAAGAGCAUUUUAAAAGGAACAGCUAUUGUUUAAGCGAGUCAAAUUCCAGGCGCAGAGAAGUCUCAUCAUAGCACAGUUGUAUUGUUUAGACGACUGUUAAGUUUUGGGAGUUUAAGAGUUCUUCAACUUUACUGUAACUUGAGCUCAGCUGCCUCAAAUUAUCACACACACACACACACACAGGCUCCGUCCGGAGUCAUAUUUUAGGACCAAAGACUGUAGCACUGCAUUACUGCACUGUUGGUCUGAAGAAGUUUGCCAUUU